AUGCCGGCUAAACUCAAGCACUUGGCAGCCUCUUGCUUAAACAACGCCUGUACUGAGUAUGACAUUUGUAUUGGUGGUAAAUGUGUACAGGUUUUAAAAGAAAAAGGAUACAAGGAUUGUUCCGAUAUUUUGAAUGGAGACCCCACUAAAAAAGGACAAGAUGGAGUUUACGUUAUUUUCGCUGACACUCUGAGAGAGGUAUAUUGUGACAUGACGACAGAUGGAGGAGGUUGGACGACGAUUCAGAAAAGAGAAGAUGGCGACUUGGAUUUUUACAGGACAUGGAACGAGUACAAAGAGGGGUUUGGAAAUGCCUUUAAAAACUACUGGUUAGGGAAUGACGCAAUCCACUCUUUAACCAAGGAUCGGAACCAAGAACUCCGAAUUAAUCUCCAGAGCUUUAGCGGAGAACAGGCUUAUGCUGUGUAUUCUACAUUUUACAUAGGAGAUGAAUACAAUAAAUAUAAACUGACAGUAUCUGGAUACAGCGGAACAGCGGGUGAGUGUUUGUUUAAUCUCAAUGGAAUGGACUUCACAACAAAGGACAAGGAUAACGACAGGGCAGAUGUUAACUGUGCUACAAACCGACACGGAGCCUGGUGGUACGACAGAUGUGGCCUCUCAAACCUGAACGGACUGUAUGGACAGUCUGGUGUGUCUGAUAUAAGAUACCCGGUAUGGUAUCACUGGAAAAAAAGGGAAGCCUUAAAACAGACUGUGAUGAUGAUCAGACACAGAGACUAG